UAUCGAAUAAUGUUUUGCCAGCACUAAGCAAACCACAAUGGCGAAUACAUCAAGUACCGGCGUUGUGGUGCCACGAAAUUUCCGUUUGCUGGAGGAGCUGGAUCAGGGCCAGAAGGGCGUGGGCGAUGGCACCAUAUCGUGGGGAUUGGAGAAUGAUGACGACAUGACGCUCACCUACUGGAUCGGCAUGAUCAUUGGUCCGCCUAGAACACCAUUCGAGAAUCGAAUGUACUCGCUAAAGAUCGAGUGUGGCGAACACUAUCCGGAUGAGCCGCCGACGCUCAGGUUUUUAACUAAAGUAAAUAUUAACUGCAUUAACCAGAACAAUGGCGUGGUUGAUCAUAGAUCAGUGCCCAUGUUGGCCAGAUGGAGCCGCGAGUACACUAUAAAAACGAUGCUGCAGGAAAUCCGAAGGAUUAUGACCAUGAAAGAGAACCUGAAGCUGGCUCAGCCGCCAGAAGGAAGCUGUUUUUAGUCGACAACAUCCGUUAGCAACACAAGCGGGAACGACUGCAACUUCGACGGGAGCAACCUUCACACUCUAGAAGAAAACAAUAUAUAACAGCAGGAAAAUGCCAUCAAUCCCAAGUCCAAGACCAAGGUUGUCCCGUAUCCGUGGAUAAGAUUGUGUGGCGGCUGCUCCUUCGUGUUGUUCCGGCGGCAGCGAAUUAUGAUGAUUAUGAUUAUGAACGUAAUUGGAGAUCGAGUGCGGUUAUUGUAGCAACAACAACAACCAAAUGCAAGCUAUAUACUAUAAGUAAAAGGAACAGCAGCGAUAAAUGCGGUAGCAGAAAAGGUCGUCGUCGUCGUCGUCCCUUCCGUCAUGAAACUAUGUCAUCGUGUUUGGUUACUUCUACUUCUACUUCAGUCCCAACAAAACAACCUUCUUAAAUAAGAAAUAAAACAAAAGCAGCGAGAGAAACAAUUAAAUUAAUGCCUAUGAGAAAGAAGCGAAAAGUCAUUUCAGUUUAUAAUUUUUACAACAGCAACAGAACCCGUAAACGUAAGCGUAAACUAAUCGAAACGAACAGAAAAUUAUAUGCAAGCAAAGCAUGAAAAUGAGGAAGAUUUAAGAGUUGAGUUCUUUGAAACGAGAGAUGCGUAAUUAUUGUUUUUUGCCUAAACUAAAAUUUAUUAAUUAUAUGCAUAAAAACAAAAAAUAUAUAUAUUAAUUUAAAUAAAACAAAACAAACAAAAAGUCGAAGGGAAUUUUUGUAGACGGCGCCAGUA